UUAUAAUGACGUUUGGCUGCAUGAGAAUCAAAAUUUACAAACUUUUAUAAAUAAAUAAAAAAACAUCACAAAAAAUACACGGAAGUUGCUGCAGAAGAUUUAUGAUUUUAAUGCGUUUUGAUUGGAAAGAGAAUUCCUGAAGAACGGUCCAUUCCCAGCGGCUCCAUGUCUGGAAGACGUGGGUGGGAUUCCGCUUUACCAAAGUAUCAAAAUGAAAGUUACUGACACUGACCAGAUUUGAUCAUUUGUGAAAAAUCCUUAAAAAUAUAUUUUUAUAAAGUUAUUAAGUUAUUACAUCGUUUACGAACCACAGUAGGUGUAAAUGUUGUAAAUGUGUCCGACAAACACCCCCGUUUGUGUCCUAAGAUGUAACCGUCCUCGGGGCUCGAUGCUCCUGCUUAUCCCUCUUUGUCCGGUAGAGAAGAAGGCCAUGGUAAUUAUGGCAGAAUUUGCGUUUUUGAAUGAAUUAUAGUUGAGCGGUGGAUCAUCCAGCAUAUACCGUGUGAGGACCGCUUUGCUGGCAAUGACACACCGGAAGGUGUCAAUUUAACGGACAGCACAGCAAGCAACGGAGAAAGGUGUUGUUUUUCACACCUCAGGGCCACCGUAGACAUGACCUGAAGGCUGAUUCCAGCUAGCUGGCACGUAGCCUUCAAGACGCCGUCAUUUUUAACUUUUUUUUUCCCUUGCAUAUGAACGGUGAUAUGCCACGUCACCGACAGCCAUAUUAGAUAAUGGCUGCCGAAUCGGGGAGGCUACUGGCGGGACAAGGAAAGCGAAAAGCAUCACAGAUGAAGAGCCCGGAGAAGAAAAAGGCCAGAAAGUCCACGGCUCAGACGACGGGGUUCUCCCACCUGACGGAGUUCGCACCUCCCCCCACACCCAUGGUUGACCAUCUGGUCGCCUCCAACCCGUUUGACGAUGACUUUGGGCCUCCGUCUCGACCGAGUGGUGCCGUUGGACCUGGUGGCGCUCCGUUCCUCCAAAGUCCAGGUGGCGGUGGCGGGCCCAUGUAUGGAGGCAGAAUGGGGGCGGGGAUGACCCUGAUGGGAGGCCCGGGAGGACCAGGGAGCGGGCCUGGGCGCAGGCUGCCUUUUGGACCUCCGUCUAAUGCUGGACCUCACCACCAGCUGGGCUUUGAAAGGAUGCCUGGCUUUCCAGUGGGCGGUGGAGGGGGCACUGGGGGAGGUGGGGGUUUCCCUCCGGGGGGCCCCUCUCAGUUCAACAUGCAACCAAAUUUCAGCCCACCAAUGCAUCCUGGCCCCGGAUUUAAUCCCAUGUUGUCCCCUGGGGGUAUGGGGGGUCCUGGAGGUGGGGGUCCGCCCCACCCUCGGUUUGGGAUGCCUCCACAACAGCAGCAUGGACAGGGAGGACACUCGUUCAGCAGCCCUCCGUUACCUGGUGGGGGGGGACCUCGGGGACCUUUGCCUCCCAUGGGGGGAGGAAUGGGUCCUGGUAUGGGCAUGAUGGGCGGGAUGGGUGGCGGUCCUGGAGGCAACAUGGUGGGAGGAGGAAUGCCAGGCAUGCCCCCCCAAGGACCGUUCCCCUCCUCUCAGGAUGGCCCGUAUCCAGGUCCCAGUCCUCCAGGACCAGGUGGGGAGGAUGGAAAGAACUUUGUGGGACCUCCUGGUCCUUCGCAGCAGCAGCUUAAUCUAAAUCCUAAUGGCCCCCCCACCAACAACAACACCCCCGGUCCUCCUAACUCUAGCCAGCAACAGCCGGCGGGGGGCUUCCCCGGUCACCUCGAUGUACAGCAGCCCGGCAGCAACACGCCAGGUCAGCCCACGUCAGCACCACCACAGUCCAACCCCAACGCUUCCCCCCCCGGUCCUCUGAACGGGUCGGGCCAAACCCAGCAUCCUCAGUCCAACCAGCUGCAGCACCCCAGCAGCGCAAACACCCCCAACUCUAACAGCUCCAAUCAGCAGCAGCAGUCCACCCCCCCAAACUCUGCCCCCGGUCCCACGUCCUACAACCAACAGAACAACAGUCUGGGGGCCGGAGGUCCGCUGUCCAACGCUGCUUCCAACUCUGCACAGAACAGCCUGACCAACAACAACGGCGGCCACACCCCUGGGAGCAACCCCAACCCCCCCUCUAACUCCACCCCAACCCCCAACACCCAGUCUCCUUUGCCUCCUGGACCCGCCGCCCCCUCUACCGGUCUCGGUCCUGGAAAGCUGGGCGGUCCCGGCAUGGUGUUUCCUUGCGGCCACUGCGUGGCAGAGGUCCACGACGACCAGGACGCCAUCCUCUGCGAGGCGUCGUGCCAGCGGUGGUUCCACCGCGACUGCACGGGCCUGACCGAGCCGGCGUACGGGCUGCUGACUCGAGAGAGCGCCGCCGUCUGGGCGUGUGACUAUUGCAUCAAGACCAAGGACAUCCAGGCGGUGUUUGUGCGCCAAGGCCUCGGCCAGUUGGUGGCGGCUAACGAGAGCUAGAGGGAGCGCGGCGUGGCGCGUGCCGUGUCAGCGUCCAGCUCAGCUGUGGCUCCGCCCCUCCUCUAGUCGGUCACUACGAACAGCGACACACUCAUUGGCUUGUACACAGCACUUUGAGCGGCUCUAGGUGAAUGAUCCCCCCCCCCCCCCCCCCCCCCCCAAAAGCCACCAGAGUCACAUGAUGAUGAAUGUUACCACGACGGUUCUUCACACGCCCACCUGCCAAUCAGCACGGCACUGACACCAACGCACUACCUCAAACCGUUAAGACGCCGCCGUCAGCUCCCCGCACGCAGGUGAUGCGCUAAAAACCGUUCAGUCAGAAAAGAAACAAUCAUCCGGAAAAUGUAAUCAGAUUUUCUACCAACGAACAAGCUCCGCCCCCUUCCACUGCAGAUCAAAACAUGACGUAGCAGCUUGGAGUGUUUUGCACUUCCUGGUCUGACGUUCAGACGCGUUUCUCUCCCGCGGCGCAUCGUUUUGUACUCAGUGCUGAAUCAUCCCAAGGGUUCGAUCCCCACGCCGCAGAAGGAGCGUCUCAUCCUCAAAGAACUUGUAAAUACUCCCACUAAACUUUAGUCUUGAACUUCCAUCCGUCGUGAACAAGCUGUCGAGUCGAGCAGUGAACAAAGCGAUGAGUUGAACUUUGCUCUCGGUUGUGUUUCUGUACAUUUUUGGCUUUUCUACGUUUGAGUGGCUCGUUUCCUUCUAUCUGCAGUACACAUGAAAUGUGCUUCUGGGUGGUGUUUGCAUAGCAACUAGUGACUUGUCAUAUCAGAUGUGUAUAGUCCUCUAAAAUACAAUUUUUUUAAAAAUGAGCAAAGGGUUGCAUGACGAAAUGCAGUAACUGAUCCGUUUGUUUUCUGGUUUCUGCUCUGCAGGAGACUUUAAAGUAGACCAAAAAACUAAAGUGCGAAAGAAAUUCAAACUGCUUUUAUAAAGUGUUCAUAAUGAUUCUCCUUCCCCUUUUGUUCUUUUUUAAUCUUCAUCAAAUGUCCAGGUUGCCUUUUCUUUCCGUUCUUUGUUUUGUACUGGUGUUUGUGCUUUUGCUCUGGCGCCCCCUGGUGGAACCGGUGGGUAUUACCAAGUGGCAAAGGAAAGGUACUGAACUCUUAAAAAACUAAAAAAGAGAGAUUUGUGUUUGUCCAUUUUUUGUUUUUGCAAAUUGUAUUAAAAAUGAGGUUUUGAGA